AUGUCCACCCCUUGCCCCAACACCCCUCCCACAGUGAUCAACAAGUACAAGCGCAGGCGAUUUCAGAAAACUAAGAACCUGCUGACUGGAGAGACAGAAGCUGACCCGGAAAUGAUCAAGAGGGCCGAGGACUACGGGCCUGUGGAGGUGAUCUCCCACUGGCACCCCAACAUCACCAUCAAUAUUGUGGACGACCACACGCCAUGGGUGAAGGGCAGCGUGCCCCCUCCCCUGGACCAGUACGUGAAGUUUGAUGCCGUGAGUGGUGAUUACUACCCCAUCAUCUACUUCAACGACUACUGGAACCUGCAGAAGGACUACUACCCCAUCAACGAGAGCCUGGCCAGCCUGCCGCUCCGUGUCUCCUUCUGCCCACUCUCGCUCUGGCGCUGGCAGCUCUAUGCUGCCCAGAGCACCAAGUCACCCUGGAACUUCCUGAGCGACGAGCUGUAUGAGCAGUCAGAUGAGGAGCAGGAUUCAGUAAAGGUUGCCCUCCUGGAAACCAACCCCUACCUUCUGGCGCUCACCAUCAUCGUGUCCAUCGUCCACAGUGUCUUUGAGUUCCUGGCUUUCAAGAACGAUAUCCAGUUCUGGAACAGCCGACAAUCCCUGGAGGGACUGUCUGUGCGCUCCGUCUUCUUCGGCGUUUUCCAGUCUUUUGUGGUCCUCCUCUACAUCCUGGACAAUGAGACCAACUUUGUGGUCCAGGUCAGCGUCUUCAUUGGGGUCCUCAUCGACCUCUGGAAAAUCACCAAGGUCAUGGAUGUCCGGCUGGACCGGGAGCACAAGGUGGCAGGAAUCUUCCCCCGCCCAACUUUCAAAGACAAGUCCACAUACAUUGAGUCCUCGACCAAAGUGUAUGAUGACAUGGCGUUUCGGUACCUGUCUUGGAUCCUCUUCCCACUCCUGGGCUGCUACGCUGUCUACAGCCUUCUGUAUCUGGAGCACAAGGGCUGGUACUCUUGGGUGCUCAGCAUGCUCUAUGGCUUCCUACUGACCUUCGGCUUCAUCACCAUGACGCCCCAGCUUUUCAUCAACUAUAAGCUCAAGUCUGUGGCCCACCUGCCCUGGCGCAUGCUCACCUACAAGGCCCUCAACACCUUCAUUGAUGACCUGUUCGCCUUUGUCAUCAAGAUGCCUGUUAUGUACCGGAUUGGCUGCCUACGGGAUGAUGUGGUUUUCUUUAUCUACCUCUACCAACGGUGGAUCUACCGCGUCGACCCCACCCGGGUGAAUGAGUUUGGCAUGAGUGGCGAGGACCCGACAGCACCCGUUCCAGUGGUGGAGGCCCCCGGAGCAGCAGGGGUGCUCACACCUGCGCCUACUACCACCAUAACCACCGCCACCACCGCCAGGGAGGAGGCCUUCACAUCCCUGCCCACCAAGGCUACCCAGGGGGCCAGCUCCACCCACGAGCCCCAGGAAGCCCCUCCAAAGCCAGCAGAGGACAAGAAAAAAGAUUAGCCACUACUGAUCCUCCUCAUCUGUUCUGGCUCCUGGCGACCACCACCCCUGCCUCCUGGCCCCCUUCGCCUCCCCUCCCUGUCGCCCUUUCCCUGGACAGAUCGGGCUGGGGCGGCAGGAGGCCCUCCCUCAGGCCAGGGCCCAGCGUGUGAUGUGGGGGCUGGGGCAGGCCAGGGCUCAUUGUUUGUGGAGGCGCCGUCUGUCUGUCUGUUCCUCUGUGUUUCCAGCCAUCUCGCCCUGCCAGCCCAGCACCAUUGGGAAUCAUGGUGAAGCCAACGUGGCACUGCCAAGGGGGCGGGCCAGGCGGGGGAGGGACCGGGGGCUGUCUGUGGGACACCCAUGGUCAUCCAUCAUUUUGUCCCUCAUCUAUUGACCACCCCCCUCCUCCCAGACAGCCGCCCUUUAACAGUCUGGAUUUAAUAAAUUCAUAUGGGUGUUUAACUUAAACUCGA